AUGGGACUGCGGGACCGGUUUUGGCCUCUGAUUGAUCUGCACUUUGGAAGGCGCUGUACGGAGCAGGAGCCGCGGGUGAAUGGAGCCGGCACACUGUACGCCCUUGCCCUACGUGCGCUCGUUAGUGGAUUCUCGGAUGACCCACGAAACGACCGGUAUCGGAGGGAGAUCGAGCAACUGCCUAUCGCCAUUCGGGUGGACGUUCUGUGCGACAUGUGCGACCAUCCUUCGCUGGGAGACGCACUUCUGGAACUCCUCGCCGAUCCUGUGGAAUUUAGUAACCUUGUCCACCAUGUGCCACAAAAGUCCGCCAAGCUGGUGUGCUGUUUGCAGUGGCUGGAAAGUGCGCAGAGGUCACUCCCCGCUCGGCUCGAGGAACGCUACAGGGCCAUCGUCGAAGGAGGUAGCUGGACGGACUACCGGUGUGGCUUACGCAUCGGAACGUUUCUGGCCGACGCCGGAUGGCACUUGGAAGCUGCUUCGAUCUUCCAGCUAAGCCUGAAGCAAACCGACGCCCGGUCUGUCGAGGAACUCACCGUGAUGGUACAACUGCUGCGUGCGCUCACAAGUUCCGGGAAGCUCGUCGACGGUAGUCAUGUCUAUCAGCGAAUCAAAGUGCGACUGAAGGACAUCUAUCCGCAGAAUCUAACCACCCGGGGUACCCCGGAAGCCGACCUAUGUGCCAGUGUGUACCAGAACUUUUCCCUGUACCACUAUGAAGGUCAGGAGUUCGGCCUUAGCUACCUCUACGCGGUGCAAUCGCUGAACCUACUCGACCGGUCAUCGAAUACCCGGCUAGCUUUGGGCGUUUUCCGCCAGCUUGCUCGAGCCUCCAUGGGCCAGCGGUACUUCAGCAAGGCAAAAGUACUACUCCAACAGGCUAUCUCCCGAGCCGGGUACUACUACGGCCUAAGCAGCACUCCAUACGCCGAAGCACUCGAGGACUACGCGUUCUACCUGCUCGGUCAGAACAAUGCCGCCUGCGGGGAUGUGUUCGUGGUCGCGCAGCACAUCUACCUGGACCUGUUUGGCUCGCGGAACUUGCUCCUCUCGCUUGCCCAGGGUAAUCUAACGUUCGGACUGUGUCGGCAAGCGAUCGGAGCAGGACACGGAGAUCCAGCUCUGGCGUACGUCACCGAGCGGUUGAACACCUUCCGACGGAUGCUGGGUCCGGACCAUCGGCUUGUGGUGCAGCUGCAAAGGUUGUUGGUAACCAUCAGAGUAAUGUCUUUUCAGGAGGGCCAAUCGACGUGGCCUGACGAAUCGACAAUUGUAGACGUAGGGAAGUUACGGCAAACCGUCGACAAUCCGCUUCCGAUCGAAGACGUACGGCUCGCGUUUUACCGUUGUCGAGAAAAGGUGUGA